GCCCGCAGGAGGCACUCAUGUACGAGAAGUGCGAUGUUCUCGUGCCCGCAGCCAUCGAAAAGGUUAUCACCAAAGAUAACGCCCAUAAACUUCAGUGCAAAAUAAUAGCUGAGGCGGCCAACGGCCCGAUCACACCCGCCGCUGAUAAGAUACUACUUGAUAGGAAUAUAUUAGUUAUACCCGAUCUGUACAUCAACGCCGGCGGAGUCACCGUAUCCUACUUUGAAUGGCUUAAAAACCUAAAUCAUGUCAGUUAUGGCCGAUUGCUGUUCAAAUACGAGCGCGACUCUAAUUAUCACUUAUUGGAGAGCGUCCAGGAAUCUCUUGAGAGGCGUUUUGGCAAAGCUGGCGGUCGUAUACCUAUAAUCCCGAGCGAAUCAUUUCAGAAAAAAAUAUCCGGUGCUUCUGAAAAAGAUAUCGUCCACUCGGGUCUCGACUAU